AUGGGAUCAUCAGCCUAUUCACCUUUGGAUCGGUUCAUCCGAGCAAACCCGCACAGGAAGAUUGGAAUCGGGAGGAAGAAUCAUGAAAAACCGCACAGCGCUGAAGACGAGCCAGAAGUGCCUCAGUUGUGCUGGCUUACUGUAAAAAUCAUAAGCAUGACAAAUCUCCGCAAAGCAGACCUGUUGAGCCAACCUGAUUGCUACGUGAAGCUGUGGCUGCCAACAGCGUCAUGCCGGGAAGCCCGGACAAGAACUGUACGCAACUGCAGAAACCCUGUCUGGAAUGAAACCUUCCACUUCAUGAUACAAAGUGAAGUAAAGAACAUCCUGGAGCUGACAGUCUGUGAUGAGGAUACUUUCACACCAGAUGACCAACUUUUGACGGUUCGCUUUGAUGUAGCUAAAAUCCAACCUGGAAAAAAAGUUCACCUGAAUUUUGAGUUAAAUCCAGAGAAACAGGAGGAGCUAGAAGUGGAAUUUCUACUGGAAAACAUUCCAGGCGUAUCUGAAAACAUCAUUACUAAUGGCGUACUAGUGUCUCGUGAAGUUUCCUGUUUGGAAAUACGGGUGGAUGAAACAAAAAUGAAGAGCUCUUACACAAGGAGAGAUUUCACGUUCACAAUGAAAGGAUCCUAUGAAGAAGCCCAGGAUGUUUCCAUAGGUCCUCGCUGCAGACGGGGAGGCAGCGAAACCACCAUGUUCCACUACGUCAAGCACAGUCAACCCAGACUGCACAUGAUGCUGCCAAAGGAGCGGUUUUUUUCUGGUCAUGGCUCAGCUAGGAGGCAAAUGGAUGUAAGCAGUCCCCUGGCUGUGCCUCUCCAUUCUCUGGACUUGGGAAAGAAAGUGACAGUGAUGAGAGGUGACUCUUAUGAGGUGUCUGUGAAGGAAGAAGAUGGUUGCAAAAAUUUAGAUUUGCGGUUGGGGUUUGAUCUGUGCGCAGAGGAGCAGGAUUUCAUCUGUAAAAGGAAGAAGGUGGUUGCUGCUGCUCUGAAAAAUAUUCUUCAGCUAGAUGAAGACCUACAAGAGGAUGAGGUGCCAGUGGUGGCAGUCGUGACCACAGCAGGAGGAGUGCGGUCCAUGACGGCUAUGUUUGGGAGUCUCCUGGCUCUCCAGGAGUUAGGUGUUUUGGACUGUGUCUCGUACAUCAGUGGUUUAUCUGCCACAACAUGGACUAUGGCAAAGUUAUAUGAAGAUGCAAAUUGGUCACAGAAAGAUCUCAGAGGGCCAGUUGGUGAUAUCAGAAAACAUGUCAUCAAGAGCAAGCUGCACUGUUUCUCAUUGGAUCAUAUGAAAUACUACGAAAAGGAGCUUUGUGAGAGAAAGCAAGAGGGACACAAGCUGUCCUUUACAGAUUUAUGGGGACUCUUCAUUGAUUGUAUGCUACAUCAUCAGGAAAGUUCUCACAAACUCUCUGAUCAGCAACUGGCGGUAAAUCAGGGGCAGAAUCCGCUGCCCAUAUACCUGUCUCUCAAUGUCAAGGAUGACUUUAGCACUCUGGAUUUUAAAGAGUGGGUGGAGUUCACACCUUACGAGGUGGGUUUCCUGAAAUAUGGGGCCUUUGUUCGUUCAGAGGAUUUUGGUAGUGAGUUCUUCAUGGGUCACCUGAUGAAGAAGAUCCCAGAGUCCCGCAUCUGCUUCUUGGAAGGCACAUGGAGUAAUAUAUUUUCCCAGAAUUUUAUGGAUGCUGUCUACCUCUCUGGUCAUUCAGAGGACUUCUGGCACAGAUGGACCCGAGGCACUGAGCAUGACAUUGAGGAACACCCUGCUCUGCCCAGGAAGCCUCACGAACAGACAACUUGCUUAUCCAUUCCCAAAGGUUGCCUUUCCAAUACACUUCGAGAAAUGAUGACUGGACGGCCAGUGGUUUCAACUUACCAUAAUUUCCUCAAGGGCUUGCAGCUACAUAACAAGUAUUUAGAGAAUGAGCGCUUUUGCAUGUGGAAAGACACCGUACUGGAUUCUUCUCCCAACCAGCUGAAUGAAAUGGGUGACUACCUUGAGCUGGUAGAUACAGCUUUCUUCAUCAACACCAGCUGCCCGCCCAUUCUGAGGCCAGAGAGGAAAGUGGAUGUCAUUUUGCAUUUAAAUUACAGCGGAGGAUCACAGACUCUGCCACUGGACCUGUUCUCAGAGUACUGUUUGGAGCAUGGGAUCCCAUUCCCCACCACGGAGCUGAGCCAGGAAGACCGGGAACACCUGAAGGAGUGCUAUGUGUUUGAGGACAACUUAGAGGCACCAAUCCUGGCCUAUUUCCCACUGGUGUGUGAUACCUUCCAAAAAUACAAGGCACCGAAUGUGGAACGCAGUCCCACAGAGAUGGAGCAGGGAAGAGUAGAUGUGUCCAACUGCAUUGCUCCCUAUGGCACUGGUCUGCUUACAUAUACUGAAGAGAAUUUCAACAAGUUGCUGAACCUGUGCAGCUACAACAUCCUGAAUAAUGAACAUUUAAUUCUUCAGGCUUUGCGAACUGCAGUGGAACGAAAGAAGCAAUUUAAAAACUGUUCGUCACCUCAGUCAUCUAAACUCUCUUAA